AUGCAACAAUUACGAAUCAAAGUUCAACUAGGUGAUGGAAAAAAAGAGCGUCCUGGAAGAUCUUUAUUACAUAAAUUUAUCUAUGUUAUUGAUUUAUUAUCAACGAAAACUAUUGGUGAACUUCUUCAAAUAUUACAAGAACAUAUUGUUAAAGAAUUCUCAUACAGUAAUAUACAAAUAGUUCAAUUAACAACUGAAGAUGGUUUCAUUUUAAGAGAAUCAGAUUUGUGUUCAGCUGCACUCAAAGACAAUGAUCAUAUUAUCUGCGUAGAUAUGAAGAAAUUUGUUGAUACAUACCGUCAAUUUUUUUCCGAUGCUACUGUUUGGUUAGAGCGAGAAGAAUACGAUGCAACUAAUAAAGCAGAACGAAUGAUUCGAAUUGGCCUUAAUAGUAUUUCGCAAUUAUUCAUAAGAUUGUUUGGAACAUAUGAAGUUAAUAGUAUUUAUACAUUUGGAAUUUAUCAACUGAUGGAAAUUGCUAAUGCAAAACGAGAAAACAAAUUGAUUGGUCAUCUUGACAAUACAAUGGAAUUUAAACCACCAUCUCCAGCUAAAUGGUUUCUUGAAUGUCAAUGGGAUUAUGAUGCUGAUUCAAAUACAUGUUUAUUUAUAACAUGUAGUUUAAAAACUGGUUCAAGUGAUGAUACAUGGUUCGGUAAAUUACAAAUUUUACUUGAUCAAUCUCGUAUGUGCAUUGAAAAAGGUGAAAUUACACAUUUGUCUGGUGGAAUGCAUGAUGGUACAAUCUUAACGACUGAACAAUCUCAACGUCUGCAAGAACUUGUUGCUACAAUUCCACCACCUAAACGAACAGGACCACAAAUCAAUACCGAUACUCCUCAGAACUUGAAAUUAACUAAACAUGAAUGUGAAGGUGCAUCAUCACUUCUUAUGAAUUUUUUAUCAGUUCUAUUGUAUUUUCCAAAAAAACCAACAAUACUACCAGAAAUAUUAGGUCGAAAACGUACAGAACCAGGUGAUAAACCUAUUUCAGUCACUAAUUUAACCGUAUACUAUCAAAUAUAUGAUAGUUCAUGGCGGGUGUGUCAAAAUAUUAAAAUUGCGCCUGGUCCUUUCGAUGGCAAAGAUAAAUGGUUACCUGAUCUUAUAAUUAAUAUUGAACCAAAUACUUUGGUUUCAUUUAGUAUUAAAGGAGAAAUGUUAAUCAAAGGAAAAUGUGGAAGAAGCUCGCAAACAAGUGGUCGAGCGCAUACAAGUUUACCACAACCACUGAAAUUAAAAAUUGUUGCUACAGAUAGUUUUGGAAAAGAAUGUUCUUUAAUUGUUGAACAAUUGAAUGAACCACUGGAACUUGUGACAAUCGAUGCAAUGAGAAGAUGGUACACUUCAACAGAAAUUGUCUUAGCAUUUAUUUAUGCUGAUGAUUGUGAUAAUGAUGACAGAAUUUAUGCAUGGAUGAGCAUCCAUGAGAAUCAAUUACGAAUCAAGAAUUUUCAACAAAAUUCCUGUAUAUCAUUCGAUUGGAAAAGUUUUCUGCAGUUACAAUUUGAAGCACAACAAAAUAAAACUACGGAAAAUCAUCUAGAAAAAAUUCAUUAUCAAAAGGAUUCAGAUGAAAUAAAGGCAACUAUAUUGUUCGAUCCAGUUACUUAUAUGGCAUAUGCAGUUCGAUUUGAAGUAUCAACAAAAACAUCAAAAACUGAAGAAAUUGUGCCUAUUCCAAUGGACAAAAUAAAAAAAUAG